AUGGACGACCGUACAGUAGACCUGAUCUUCUCUGGCUCUCUGAAGUCCCUGCCCCCAGUCAGCUCCAAGAUCGUGAGGAUAUUCACUAGCUCCACAUUCACUGACACUACCAUGGAAAGGAACACACUCAUGGCCAAAUGCUACCCUCGCAUCAAGGACUACUGUCGAGAGAAGCAUGGACUUGAGUUUCAGGUGGUUGAUAUGAGAUGGGGUGUGCGAGACGAAGCCACAGACGAUCACAUGACUACCGAGCUCUGUAUGAGGGAGAUAAAGAACUGUCAACGGCUCUCUAUGGGACCUAACUUCGUCGUGUUUUUGGGACAGAAAUAUGGAUACAGACCAAUCCCGACCUACGUGCUCUCAUCAGAGCUGCAAAUGCUCCGUGACGAGUUAGCGGCUGGUGGCGUCGACGUCAUUCUCCUGGACACCUGGUACAAGAAGGACUCGAACGCGGUACCCCCCGUCUCGGUGCUGCAGCCGAUCUCCUCUAUACUUAUCAAUUUUAAUAAUAAGAGAGUGCCGAAACUGCAGGCAGAAGACCAGGCAGUAUGGUGGGACACGCUUGGGAAAAUGCAGAAACUGUUCCGAAAAGCCUCUCUCCAGUUAUAUACCAGCGGGAAAAUGAAUAAAGACUCCAUGCAUAACUACUUCAUGUCUGUAACCGAACGAGAAGUCAUAAACGGAGUUCUCAACGUCAAAAACACGAAGAACCACUGUCUUGCUUACGUCCGCUAUAUCAACAACAUCAAUCUGCAGAACUUGAAGAAAGCCAGCAAUUUUGUGGACAUUCUUAAUCGGUCGCUGGACAAUGAAGCUUCGAAGCUGCUGGCUGAUCUGAGGGACGUCAGGCUACCGAAUAAGAUUGAGACUACUAACAUACAAAAAUACACGGUGGAAUGGAUUGGGCGAGAAGGCUUAGAUAAUGAGACACACGGCGAAUAUCUAAACCACUUUAUAUCGCACUUCUAUAAGAACAUCAUCAAGCUAGUAGACAGAGCAAUGCGCAAAGAAGACAGCAGCGCCCAAGGGCAGAUAGUAACGGAGAUUCUUCAGCACCUCCACGCGUGCAACAACUCUGUCAAGGUGUUCCACGGAAGAGAAGAUGAUCUGAACUUCGUUGAGAAUUAUAUGAAGAAUGGGUCAGAUAAACCACUGGUUUUGUAUGGAGAAGGUGGCUGUGGUAAAACCAGUCUUCUCUCGAAGAGUGCAGCCAUGUGUCUAGAGACCUGGUUCGCUGACUCCCGUCCUACCAACAUCAUCAGGUUCCUUGGGACCACUCCUGACUCCAGCGCUCUUACUCCGACACUGAUAUCCAUUUGUCAGCAAAUUUCUUACAACUUCGCGCUCCCCUUCGAAAGCAUCCCUGACGACCUGGUGCCUCUAACAGCGCACUUCAAGCAACUCCUCACCAUGGCAACGGCUCAGCAGCCACUACUUCUAUUCCUGGACUCCGUAGACCAGCUGACGGGGAUUGGCACGGAGAACAAUAAGGUGUCUUGGUUGCCAACAAGAUUGCCACCACAUUGUAAGAUUAUAGUAACAUGUGCCUGCGAGGAAGCAAAUCCUGAGGUAUCCAAGGAGUACGACGUCCUCCGUCGCAUGAUCGACUCAGAGGAGAACUUUCUGGAAGUCACGGCGCUUGGUGAGGAUCUGGCCAUGCAGGUCUUGAAGUUGUGGAUGGCAUCAGCAGCCCGUGACUUGUCAAACUACCAAUGGCGUCUGGUGUCCAACGCAAUAGGAAGCUGUUCGUUACCAAUCUUCGUGAAGCUGGUGUUUGCUGAGGUCUGCAGAUGGAGAAGCUAUACAAAACCUCAGGACACGCAUCUCGCCUCCACAGUUAUGGACUCCAUCAUGAUGUUAUUCGAGAGGAUCGAAAAACAGCACGGGCGUCUCCUAGUCUUCCAUGCUCUUGCCUACAUCACAGCAGCCCGCAGCGGUCUGUCAGAAACUGAACUUGAAGAUCUAAUCUCUUUGGAUGACAGGGUACUAGAUGAUGUGUACCAGUACCAUCUACCACCGGUUAGAAGGAUCCCACCACUGCUUUGGACCAGAAUCCGCAAUGAUCUACCAAAUUACCUCUCCGAACGAGAGGCUGACGGAGUUUCAGUGAUGAACUGGUACCAUAGGCAGUUCAGAGACACUGCUCGCGAGCGUUACUUCAAAAACAUGAACAUGGCCAUGUACUUCCAUUCCAUGAUUGCUGACUAUUACCUCGGUAUAUGGGGCGGUGGUACUCCCAAACCCUUCAAAUACACGGAGAUCCAAAGACAUCGAUUCAAUCUGGCUGACCGUGAGGGUGUCGCUGACAGAAAGGUGCCUCUGCAGCCUCUGGUCUUCACGUCUGCUGAUGGGUCUACCAAGAGAUAUAAUUUGAGGAAGUUCGGCGAGCUCCCCUUCCACCUGGUGCGCUCCAAACGCUUCACCGACCUUUACGCCGAAGUACUCUUCAACUACGAAUGGCUCCACGCGAAGCUCAACUGCUGUCCGCUGCAAGCUGUCCUGGCGGAUUUCGAGGAUGCGAAGCUGCAUGUGAAUAAAGAUGCUGUUAGAGAGCUGAUGCUAGUAGCCGACGCCCUCCGCCUCGGUGGCGCGAUCCUCGGUACAUACCCCGACAUGCUGGCCCCCCAACUGGUCGGCAGACUCCUCCCUGAAGCACCCCACAACCCAGCUGUAGCGUCACUGCUGAAACAAUGCCAUGAUAAAGGGAAGAACCACUGCGCUUUGUUGCCGUCGCAUCAUUGUUUACAUACUCCUGGAGGACCUUUGAAGUACUCCCUCGAAGGCCAUCAGUUCGCCGUCUUCGCCUUCCGCCUGUCCUCAGACAAGCGCUAUGUGGUCUCCAUCUCAAGCCGAGUGAUAUCCUGGGACUUAUCAACCUCAGACCUGGCGAGAGACCUGUGUCCUCAGCUGGAGGGAAUCAUGCAGAACCUGGAGCUGUCCCCGGACAAUAAGUGGGCUGCUGCAUCUACUAAUAACUCUGUGUCUAUGCUGUUAAACAUGCUGACCAGUGAAUACGUUACUAUUGAAAAUCCUCUCAAUGAAGGAGAGACGGUCCGUGGUGUAUCCGUACUGAACCACCACAUGUUCAUCUACGGACCAAGCUCCUGGGUCCGCUUUUCCAUGAGAGGGGAGCAUGAGGAAACCUUGCCUGCGCCGGACCCGGCGCCGUAUGAUGACGUCACUUGGGAGAUACUUUCCAUGGAGUUCCGAGACCUGGAAAACUUCCAGCUGAUCAUGUGGAGUGGAGACCUGGACGAGGACCGGCUGUUGGUUCACUUCAAGAAAGAGGGGGAGUGGGUGAAACCGUUGAGGUGUAGGGGGGCUCUGGCUUUUAACAAGGGAUGGAACAAGAUUUAUACCAGCGAUCCGGAGAGGGGAUAUCAGAUUUCAAUCUUCGAGUUGAACGACGAACAACUUUGCUGGGAGAAGAUUGAAGAAUUGCAUCAUAAAGAGACUGAUACCGCCGAGGCUAUGUUGCAACUUAAACGUGGAAAGAAGGACAGAAUGCUUCUAGCUACAACAACAUACAGUUUCGUAGUGUGGGAUUUUGAUAGCAGGAUCGAUAGAUCAAAACACGUCGAUGAUACCAAGAAAAAGAAGAAGGAUGAUGAUGAUAAGAAAGAAGAAGAAGAAGAGGAAGAAAAGAUAGAUGAUGAACCAGAAAAGGAUAUGUCUCUAGAAGGCAUUGUGCUAAAACUUCCACACACCAUCCGGAAUAUUUCCACUAAGAUGACUCUCUCUAACUCCUUUAUGAUCAGCAAUAACAACACUUAUGCUGUUGCUGGAGUCAGGAAAAGUCUUUACGUCUGGAGCUUAGAAACCACACAACUCAUCAAAGUCCUAGACGCUCACUUCGGCCGAAUCGUCCAGCUGGAACCCCUAGCUGUUGGCAGCUGGAACAACGUCAUCACCUCCUCCAUAGACCGGACUGUCAAGAUCUGGAAUAUUGAUAACAUCUUCGAGCAGGUCCACAAGAUUGAUCGGCAGGAGUUGCCUAUUGAUGCACAAAGUUUGGCCCGCGACCAGCACCUAGCUGCCACCGUGACCCGCAGCUGCUGGGGUCUCUGGGACACCAGCACCGGCCAUCUUCUGGCUCAGUUGGCUGAUGCUCCACUAGGUGCAAUCGUCACCCACGCGGUGAUAACUCCAAAUGGAGAAAAUGUGGUCACUGCUGAAUCUGGGAACGUUAUUAUAUGGGACACGCAAGAGAAACAGGUAGUUUUCAAAGAGGAGCAGAAAGGUGUGAAGCAAGUGUUAUUCCUCGAGGAUGGUGCAAAGUUUGUCACGAUAUCUGUAGAACUGGCCACUGACAAUAUGGACAACGUUGCCGUUGCUAACAUUGUGGCGAGGACAAUCCCUGAUGGAGAAAAAAUCUACGCAGUUGAUUACGAAGUGAGAGGAACAGGAUACCGUUCAGCAGUUGUGUCGGCUGAUGAGCACCAUCUAGUAGCACCAGGAGUGGACAAGUCCUCGAGGGACUGUCUCCACGUUCUUCAUUCUAGAACUGGUGCUAGACUACACAGAAUCCCGAUAAAGAACAGCGGCAUAAAAGACAUGCAGUCGAUAGUGGCGCUCCCACACAAGCCCAACUGGGUGGCCGUCGUCGGCAACGACAAGGCAGCCAUACUUGACAUCAAGACCAAGAGACUUGUCAGAUUCGUCCCUCGCUGGAACGGCGCUUGCACCCGCGACGGCAAGUUCGGUCUCUGCGCCCCUUCCCGCGGCGGCCUUGACCUCAUCGAGCUAAAGAGAGGCACCUCCGUCCAACAGCUCAUCUCCAGAGCCGCUGAGGGUGUCUUCUCUAUCAUUACCAUGUUUAGUUCCGAUGACCAGUACGUCUUUUACUAUCACAGUGGGAGGAAGACGCUCAGGGUUUUUAGAACUAUAGACGGGAAAGCAGUAGCUGAGUAUCGAGCUCCAGCCGAAGUGACGGGCGUUGCCAGCGCUCAUGGCGGCAAAACUGUUGCUAUAGCUUCUCAAGACGGAUGCCUUACUAUACUUAACAUCGAAGAUCCACAUGCAUAGAUCAUUCAUCCACAUUGCCUGAAAACUUGCCUCUUCUACCAAUCUAUCUUGACCAACAUGGCAUACGGUACCGAGACAUG